CAAGGGGAAUGUCAAUUGUCCCAAAAACCUCGUCCUCGAAGUCGAACCAAAGCAAACUAUAUUUCCCUUCCAGACUAACAACCAGCCAAUAGUACUUCCCUUUCGAAGAAAAAUCCUGGUCAGCGUACUCUUGCACAUCUGGAACCCCAUAAAUUUGUCUCCAAAUCCACGAACCAUCCCUGAUUUGGCUGCAAACCAUUGCCACUUGGUAACCAUAAUUUUCAUCACUAAAUUCAAAUUUCCAUAGCAUGACAACUUUCCAGGUCAUGUUGUUAGAAAUCCCGAAUCCAAUCUUUUGAUCCAGCUCAUAAUUGAUCCUUGAAGGAGCAGAGGUUAAGGAAUGUUCGGAGGACCUCAAAAUAGAAGCACCAGCGUGCUCUAUUUCGGCGGACAUGGUGGACGCAGCUGCUUCACCGUACUAUCUUGACUCCGGUGUCCAACCGGGAACUCUCAUUACCCAUGUAAUCUUCAACGGGGAUGGUAGAAGCCGUAGCAAGGCACUGUCUGCUGGCCGUGGAGGGGAGGUUGGGACAUAUGCAGUGACACCGAACCUACUGCCGGCAGGUGAAGGGAGCUCUUCCACAAAUACAGGGAGUAAUGGUCUAGCUAAUUUGACCAGUGAGCAGGUGCAAGCCCUCCUAAAUUUAAUAAAUGCUGAUACUCGUUCUUGUGAUCGGAUGUCAGAUAAGUACUCUUCUCUUAAUUGGAUUAUUGAUACGGGGGCUUCGCACCAUGUUACGGGGGAUGUCACAUGUCUUACUAAUCCAGUCAAAAUUCCUGCAUGUCCGGUUGGUCUGCCAUAUGGGCGCAACGUGGCUGCGGUUUUAUCUGGCCAAGUAUUAUUGUCUAAGGAGCUUAUGCUUGAUCAUGUUCUUUAUGUGCCUGGACUUAACUGUCAUCUCAUUUCAAUUUCACAGUUAACAGAUCAAUCUGCUUGUCUUGUCACUUUUACUCAUAACUUUUGUGCUAUACAGGACCUACGCUCGAGGAACCUGAUUGGAGUUGGUGAACGACGGGAUGCGCUCUUUUAUUUCAGAGGGGUACCGGCACUACACACUGUUCAAACUUCGGCAUCAUCAGAAUUUGAGCUAUGGCAUCGUCGUUUGCUGGGUCAUCCUUCUGAUCGGGUCCUACAAUUAUUGCCUGCUGUUUCUAGUUCUUCUCAGAAAAAAUUGAAUAAAGCUUGUGAGGUGUGUCCACAGGCAAAACAAGUUCGUGACUCUUUUCCUGUUAGUAAUAAUAAAGCUAGUAGGAUUCCUGAACUUAUUCGUGACUCCCUCCACCUGUGAUGCCAUAUAUUUUCUAACCUUGGUGGAUGAUUUUUCUCGUGCUGUUUAGG